AUGUCGGUAACCACGUCAGGUGAGUACGGACUAGGAGAAAGGAGGACGUGUAAAUGGCUCAUAUUCCACCACCACCGCCACCCACCACAAACCACAUUUUUUUUUACUCCGCAUUAAUUAAUUCGAAGUAACAAGCACAUGACUUCCAGCUCCAGCUUUGCUGGAGCGUGCCUAGGUGUUUGCAAGGACUCUGGACCCGGGUCCAUCAUGACUCGCCCACCGUUAUACCCAAUUGCAAUUCAAUGUACAGUGGUACCUCGGGUUACAUACGCUUCAGGUUAGAGACUCCGCUAACCCAGAAAUAGUGCUUCAGGUUAAGAACUUUGCUUCAGGAUGAGAACAGAAAUCGUGCUCCGGCGGCGCGGCAGCAGCGGGAGGCCCCAUUAGCUAAAGUGGUGCUUCCCGUUAAGAACAGUUUCAGGUUAUUAAGUACGCACCUCCGGAACGAAUUAAGUACUUAACCCGAGGUACCACUGUAUUCCUGUUGUGUUUUAUGAUUUUCCUGAUACAGUAUUGUAAGUGAGCCGGAACUGGUCUGUGACCGUAAUAAUAAUAAUAAUAAUAAUAAAUUCAAAUCCACAUCAUGACACGGCGCCACGAAUUUGCUUUUUUCCUUGUUUGUGGUACUUUGCACCACUGGCAUCUCCAGGCAGUAUGGGGGAGAGACGCCCCCCGCUGCGCACUCGUGAAAACCCGGGGAGCUGCUGCCAGUCCGUGUAGACAAUACUGGGCCAGAUGGAUUGGUCUGACUUGGCUGAAAGCACUUUCCUAUGCUGCUAUGCGCACAUUGGACAGAUUGGAAGAGGCGGAACGGAGAGAAAGGACGAAAGCGACGCUGUCUCUUUAAGGCGGAGGAGGAGGAGCCUCGCGGCACCUACGCAGCCUCAAAGAGGACAGGAAGCCGAAAAAGAUACUCGGCGUUCUAUGUCGGAACGUUGAGAGGCGAGCCGCGCGCUGCUAUUGGUCGCUCGGCGGGGUGCUUGGCGUUCGGCUUCGGCCGACGUUCCAUCGCUGGUGCUGAGCGCUUCCUGCGCGGUGGCGUCGGGUUGCUGGGUGCCCGCUGCUACAGCAGCAGCGACCUCUCCGCUCCCCCCGCUUCCCCGGGUCCGCUUCCAGGUGCAGGGACAGGUAAGUUGUAGCUGAGCUACUAACCUCCACGGAGCAGCCUCGGUUCCAAAGGUGGAACCGCCGGAAGAACGAAGGGAUCUUAUUUUUGUUACGUUUUAGGGGGAGGGGUGAAUUUUCCUUCCUUUUUAACCUCUAAGAGGGGCGGAUAUUCAGCUUUCAGGGGAGAAGGUGAACCGCCUUAGUUAUUUAAAUAAUUCGGAGCCCCGUAGCUGCAGCACCGUGAACGCUUAAUCCUCUACGUUUUUUGUAGUAAGGUCGGGAAACGACCCCUCCCCCCACAAAAAAGGGGUUUAGAGGACCUUUAGAUCCCCUCUCUGAAUGGUUAGAAGGGACGGCCUUAAUUAAGGAGAAAGGGAUGAAUCAAUACAGUAAUGGAGCUGGAAGGGACCCGAGGGUCAUCUAGUCCAACCCCGCAGCACGAUCCCAUGGCACUUUUUAAAUAGUGAAGCAAAUACAGCCUCCCUCAAGAUGCCACAGGACUGUGUCUCUGUAGACCAGGGAUAGGAAUCUGUGGUCCUCUGGACGUUUAUGAAGUCCCAACUCCCAUCAGACGGAGGGAGCGUAGCCCAGUGGUCAGGGAUGGCGGCAGCUGGAGUCCAGAAGGUCACAAGUUUCCAGUCUCUCUUUAGACCAACACAACGAGCCCCUUGUAGUUUGGCUACGGGUUGAUUACGACCACCUUGCCCUUGGCCGCUGCUGUUGACCCACAAGCGGGUUGAUCAGUGGUAAGCUUGUACACACCAUACAUUUAAAGCACCAGAGAAUCCUGGGAACUGUAGUUUGUUAGUGAUGUUGGGGUUGCAGCUUAGUGAGGGGCCUACUACAGCUCCCAGGAUUCUGAGGUGGGGAUGUGGUUUAAGUGUUUGGUGUGCGGUUUCUCCCCAGGGGUUGGUUGUCCGGUUGGCAUCCGUCUGUCUCUGGAGACGAUGGAGAAGUGCGCCAUUGUGGGUGAAGGCAAACCAGUGGAGAGCUGUGGCUGUAGAGACUGAUGCAGUAGAGACAUGUUUUGUUGCAGCUGGGGAAGAUGAAGGCGUCUUGCUCUAUUGCUGGUUGGGUGGGGCUAUUUCUGCAUUUCUACCAUAGGGGUUGGGGGGCAGGAGGAGCUGGAUGCCUGGGUCUCUUGCAUCAGACCCCCGAUUUUGAGACCUUUAUUUAAACUUUUGUUACUGGAUGUGCCGUUGAGACCACAUCCACCCGCCAUCUUAAUAUGAUACCCAGAGGCAUCUAUCUAUGCAUCUAAGUGAGCAUUUCCCCCCCCCCCCGUAUUUAUUUUGUAAAUUUUGUAAAUUUUUAAAUAUUUUCAAUUUUUUCCUUUAUAUAAUAUAUAUUAUAUUAUAUUAGUGUGUGUGUAUUGUAGGUAUACUAUACCUUAUCUUCUCCACACUGUUUUCAGAUGAAUUUUACUUCUAUUCUUACUCUAAAGCUACUUGCAUUUUAACAUAUUUGCAAUAAGUUUUUAAAUAGUUCACAAACAUUUUCCAGUCCUCCUUAAACUCUGCCUAUUUCGUUGUUUGUUAAGAAAAACCUUGAAGCCAUUUGCAAAGAGAAUAAAAUGAUAAAGUUAUUGGUAAAAACACACAAAGACAACUCUUUAAAUAAUCGUUAAACUAAAAGCAGAAUUAAGACAUGCACCAACAUUCUACACUGCUAAUGUUUUUAGCAAGCGCCACAGUACGGCGAGGGCUUGUUGUCAAUAGGCAGGGAGUCCUACCGGCACCCUGUUAACCAGGCUUCCCCAACCUUGGCCCUCCAGAUGUUUUUGGCCUACAACUUCCAUGAUCCCUGGCUAGCAGGACUAGUGGUCAGGGAUUGUAGUCUCAAAACAUCUGGAGGGCCGAGGUUUGAGGAAGCCUGCUGUUAACAGUGGGCAGAUUGCAGUAAGGCGAUAUUGCAGGUAAACUGGUCUCAAGUUGUUAAGGACUUUAGAUAUGAAUAGUAAUACCCUGAACUUUGCUCUGCAGCAAAUUGGCAACGAGUGCAGAUCUCUGAGCACAGCUGUUGCGUGCUGACAAGGCCUCAUUCCUGUCAGCAAUCGUGCUGCAACAUUCUGUACUCUCUGCAGCUUCUGGAUCAUAUGCAAGUGUAUGUAGAUCACAUCUCGGCAGCACCCACUUUGCAGGCAAAUGUUCCUGCGUUCAGUCCUCAUUGCAGCCUAGGCGUAGGGUUGCCAUAUUUCAAAAAGGGAGAAUCCAGACACAAAAGUUCUUUUUUUUAUAUAUAAAAAUGAUAUUUAUUAAAAUUUCAAAAGAAAAAGAUUACAUUAAUAAGAAAAAUAACAAUAAAGAAAGAAAAAUACAAAGUACAAAAAAGAAAAAAACAGUUAAAAACAAUUCCAUCUGUUCAUCACUUCUCUUACGUUUACUUGUUUCCCGGACCUCCUCAUACCUCCCUCUUUUGUAUUCCAAUUCAAUUUGUUAGUCCAGCAAUUCCUUUCCCUCCUUUUUAAUCCUGAUCUUUAAUCUUGAUAUAUUAUAACAUUAAAUUUUUACGUAUUAAAAACCAAUUUUUCCAUAUUCUUUCAGACACAAAAGUUCUUGAGCUGUUUGGGUUUUUGGUGGGGGUGGGGGAGGGCGGCAAAGUUGUUUAGCUUCCUUUUGCAAAAUCUCAAACAGCUGGCUUUUCCAGCUAUUUUUAAGGAAAUUCGUCAAAAAAUCAACACUUCCAACAUGGGUUGCCAUUCGCCCAGGCAUUUCCAGACAUUUUACUGAUUUUUUGAAAUUCUGCCCGGACGUUAUUCACAACAAAUGAAUCCCGGACGUAUGGCAGCCGUAGCCUAGGGAGAGGGAGUAUAGUCUGAAGGCCAGAUAGCUGCAACCUUUCCAACUACGGUGGUACCUUGGUUCUCAAACACCUUGGUACUCAAACAACUUGGAACCCAAACACUGCAAACCCGGAAGUAAGUUUUCUGGUUUGUGAACUUUUUUCAGAAGCCGAACGUGCUCCGUUUUGAAUGUUACACUGAUGAUUGGAGUGUUAUGCUUCCAAUUUGAGUGUUACUCUGAGGUCUGUCUGUUUUUGCUAUUUAUUUUGUUUUUGUUUUUGAGGCUCGUGUGUGUGUGUGUGUGAGUGAGUGACUGUGUGACUGUGAUUGGUUGAUUAUGUGACUGCAGUACAUUGUUGCUUUCAUUUUAUGGAUCGAUUGUCUCGUUAGAUAGUAAAAUUCAUGUUAAACUGCUGUUUUCGGGGUUGUAUUUAAAAGUCUGGAACGGAUUAAUCUGUUUUGCAUGACUUUCUAUGGGAAAGCUUGCCUUGAUUUUGGAACACUUUGGUUUUGGAACGGACUUCUGGAACAGAUUAAGUUUGAGAACCAAGGUUCUGUACUGUAUACCUCACUGUUUGGCCCUACGUGGAGUUGCUGAGGAACGAACCUGGGACCUUCUGCAUUCAAAGCACCUGUGCUCUACUACUGAUCCUGGCCACCCCCACCCCAUGUGGUUCGGUGAAAAAGAAAAGGCACUCUGCACAUGCUUAGAAAUCCCCUCUUCUCAUGGCAGCACAACUGCUGAAAAGGUCUGAGACAAAUCUAGGAGGUUGAGCUCUGCCUCUGAUCAUAUUCUGCCUGUGUGUCUGGGACUGGUUAGAUGCGUUCCCUUGCAACCACUUUUGGACUCUGAUGCCCAGAAUAGAAAAGACUGUCGUGGGAGAAGGGAAACUGGCAGGAAGAUAUUGUUACACGCCUUCAAAAUAGCAACCGGAAAUCUGAAUCCUCCUCUGUAGCUCUGGGGAAUUAUUAUUAUUAUUAUUAUUAUUAUUAUUAUUCUCAAACCAGGCAAUGAGUUGUCCUUGGAAGUGUUUGUUUGGCAGUGUGGCUGAGUAGGUUUUCCCCCCGGUGGAUUUUCAGUAGCUUCAUGUGUCAGGGGUGGCAAAAUAAGGCCACGCCCCUGCUAAUAUUAUAUAUACAGUGGUACCUUGGUUUACGAACUUAAUCCGUUCUGGAAGCCUGUUCUUAAACCAAAGUGUUCUUAAACCAAGGCGUGCUUUCCCAUAGCAGCGGAGGACUCAAUUUACAAAUGGAACACACUCAAGAGAAAGCGAACACACACACACACACACACACACACACACACACACACACUGCCCUUUAUGAAAAGAUCCCAGUGCAGUGUACAGUGGUACCUCGGGUUAAGUACUUAGUUCGUUCUGGAGGUCCGUUCUUAACCUGAAAGUGUUCUUAACCUGAAUCACCACUUUAGCUAAUGGGGCCUCCUGCUGCUGCCGCACCACCGGAGCACGAUUUCUGUUCUCAUCCUGAAGCAAAGUUCUUAACCUGAAGCACUAUUUCUGGGUUAGCAGAGUCUGUAACCUGAAGCGUAUGUAACCCAAGGUACCACUGUACAACAUUAGGAGCACAUUUUAAGGAGCAUAAUAAUAAAAAAUAAUAAUAAAAAGCAUAAAAAUUGACUAUUAUUAUUAUUUAUUAGAUUUAUAUAUCAUCCUUCAUUGAAAGAUCUCAGGGCGUUUCACAUGGUAAAAACACAAAUGAAUAGUUAAAACAGAAGCAACAAAACAAUACCCUCCUUUCACAAACACAUUUAAAAGGCUGUAGAAUAUAAUAAAAUUAUCAUGAUAACAGCCCCCUUUCCCACUUUAACUGUUUAUUUAGUGGCCAGAGGCCUGGUUAUAGAGGAAUGUUUUUGCCUGGCGCCUGAGAGUUAAGAGUUUCAUUCUCUACCAACUGAGAUGUCCCAGCUGUUACUUUGAAGUCAUUUGCUGCCCAAAUUGCAGGUGGUUCUGAAGCCGUCUAGCAAAAUCAGCUUGGGGUCUGGGUGGACCAGCCCCCAAGGUGGGUGGUUAGCCAUUCCGCCACACUCACAUUUGGUACCAAGUAACCUGGGACGUGGGUGGCGCUGUGGGUUAAAUCACAGAGCCUAGGACUUGUUGAUCAGAAGGUUGCCGGUUUGAAUCCCCGCGACGGGGCGAGCUCCCGUUGCUUGGUCCCAGCUCCUGCCCACCUAGCAGUUCGAAAGCAUGCCAAAGUGCAAGUAGAUAAAUAGGUACCACUCCAGCGGGAAGGUAAACGGUGUUUCCGUGCGCUGCUCUGGUUUGCCAGAAGCAGCUUAGUCAUGCUGGCCGCAUGACCCGGAAGCUGUACGCCGGCUCCUUCGGCCAAUAAAACGAGAUGAGCACCGCAACCCCAGAGUCGUCCGCGCCUGGACCUAAUGGUCAGGGGUCCCUUUACCUUUUAACCUCCUCCAAAUUCAAUGGGAGCUACUUGUAGGUCAAUAUGCCUGCAGUCAAGCGGUAAAAAUGGUCCAGAAAAGUGUUUUUUAAAAUAUUAUUAAUUGUUAAACCAGUUUAUUGACCGUUUCACAGCGUAAAGCCCUAGAAACUGUGUAGGAGAUGAAAGCAGAGUAGAACGCAAUGACCCUCCAGUCUGAGUAUGUUGUUUGCUUUUUGUUCCCAUGGCAAUGCUGUGGCUGUUAAGUCGUAUGUUGGGAGUUGUGACUCAUGAUGAAUGCCAGUCGAGUGUUUUUGGGCGAGGAACAGAGGAAGAAGUUGGCAAUGUCAGAGCUAGCGAGCCACUGAGGUUUCGUAGGGUUCAGCAACACAACGCCCUGCAGCCAAACCCGCCCAACACCAGUACCUAAGAACGACUAGCAGCCCCCUUUCUUAACAAGACAGCUCUUUCCCCCCCUUUUUAUAAUGUUUUUUACUGUAACUUUUCAACCUACGAUGAAAUAAAUACUAUACAAAAAAAGAAAAACAAAACAACAAUGUAUUUUUCAUCUGUUGGAAGCUGCCCAGAGUGGCUGGGGUACAAAUAAUAAAUUAUUAUUAUUAUUAACAACAACAAAGAAAAGAAAGAGGAAAUAAAAUAAAUUAAGAAAGCUCUCUCCCAAAGGUAGAUCUUGUCUCACACAGAAAGAGGUUGACCCACCCAGCUAUUGUUGCCGUAUUUUGGCAAAUUUCCUUAGAAGUAGCUCAAAAACUUCAAUUUCUUUUGAGAUUUUGCAGAAAAAGCUCAACAACUUUGGCCAAAAAAACCCCAACAACUUUUUGGGGGGGAAAGGGUGCCAGCGGUCUUCCCCCUCCCCUGUGUUUUUUCCUACCCAGCAUUGGGGGCGGACGUGACGGGAGCGAUAUCGUAAAAGCCCAUUUUUGUAAGGUCGCGAAUUUAAGCUGCCCUUUAAAUUUUCACGGUCAGAAUUUGGAAAAAAAAGAAAGGUGUGGCUUAUAUUCGGGCCGAUACGUUAUGCGGCGCCUAGUUAGGAGUGUCAGUUCCGCAGGUUGAAGUGGGAAGCUUAUUACCGAAACCUCUCAAACUUGAUUUCUUUCCCUCCGACCAGGUUAACAAUGGCGGACUAUGGCCACAAGCAGGGGAAGAGGCGGGACGAGAGCAACCUGGGCAGCGUGGUGGACUUCCUGUUGGCCAAUGCCAGGUUGGUCCUGGGCGUCAGCGGAGCGGCUGUGCUGGCGAUCGCGACGCUUGCUGUGAAGAGGGUGAGAGUGCCUUGUUCUUCCUUUGCAUAGCUGUUGCUAACGUGCUUUAAAUGUGUGAUGAGGAAUUACUGUUGGGUAGGCAUCCUUUUAUAUGAGCAACCAUCUUUAUGACGUUUUAGUUUUAUUAAGGGGAUCAUAGCCUGUGUCUGGAUCAGGGGUGUUGUUUGGGAGGAGACUGCUAGGUCUUGAGUCUUUCUCAGUAAUAUUUUGUCAAAUUUUCAAAAAUUUCACAUGUACUCUCCAAUACAUAAUAUUUUUUUCUUUUGUUUUGUCGACUUCCCACCCCAUUUCCCACGGGGUUUUUAAUCCCCAUUGCCCUUCAUCUUCUCUUUCUUAUACCAUAAUAAUAAUGCAAUAAUCUCUAAUUCCUUCUGCUGCUCACAGUUCAAAUCUUGCUUGCAAAUUCAUACUGUAGGACAGUGGUACCUGUAGUUGCGUUCACCUCCAGUUACGUAUCCUUCGGAAUACGUAAGUGGCAAACCUAGAAGUAUUUUUCCGGGUUUCGCCUUGUGCGCAUGCACAGAAGCGCUAAACUUCAGCGCACGCAUGCGCAGGAGUGGCACCUCCGGUUGCGAAUUCCUUGGGAUGUGGCCAGACAUCUGGAACGGAUCCCAUUCACAACCGGAGGUACCACUGUAUUUAUUUAACUACCCAAGCCAAAAAAAGUGUGUGUGUGUUUGUUUUUAAAGAAGGGGUAGUGGAUCUGUAGUUUAAAGCUCUUGAGUCUUUCUCUUCGGGCCCAGAUCCACUACCCCUUCUUUUAAAAACCCCAUUUUUCCUCCUUGCAUGGUGGUUGGGUGUACGGCAAAUUGCAGUGCUGGGUGGACCUCGGUCACCAUCCACCUUAAUUUGCCCAAAGGUUAAAUCUCUGUUAUGGGCUUGUACCCCGAUUCUUCUAAAUUAUUAGCAAUAAUAAUAAUAAUUUUUUUAUACCCCACCCUCCCCGGCCAGAGCCAGGCUCAGGGCGGCUAACACCAGUAAAAUUACAGUAAAAACAUAAUAGGGGGAAAAGAAAAGAAGAAGAAAACCAAUUUAAAAUACAGGUUAAAAUGCAAUUUAAAAUGCAGCCUCAUUUUAAAAGUAGCCCAUAGAUUAAGACCAUAAGGGGAGGGAAACAUAAGGGUCAGACCGAGUCCAGACCAAAGGCCUGGUGGAUCAGCUCUGUCUUGCAGGCCCUGCGGAAAGAUGUCAAGUUCCGCAGGGCCCUAGUCUCUUGGGACAGAGCGUUCCACCAAGUCGGGGCCAGUACUGAAAAGGCCCCAGCCCUAGUUGAGACCAGUCUAACCACCUUGCGACUUGGGACCUCCAAAAUGUUGUCAUUUGUGGACCUUAAGGUCCUCCGUGGGACAUACCAGGAGAGGCGGUCCCGUAGGUACGAGGGUCCUAGGCCGCAUAGGGCUUUAAAGGUCAAAACCAGUACCUUAAACCUGACCCUGUACUCCACCGCGAGCCAGUGCAGCUGGUAUGCCCUUGGCAUAACCAGUUCAAGACAUUUUGGCACCUGACAUGGAUCCCAAAAUGGGGCUCCUCUCCCUGCCAGGGAAGAAGGGUUGAGCGAAGAUCUACAUCAAGAACAAGUAGGGAAAGAAAGAUCUACACUGGGAUCAACUGCCCCAGUUGAACCUGCCGCCUGAAGCAGUUGCCUCACCCUGCCUCACGGUUUGGCCGGCCCUGCAGCCUGGAUUUGUAUUUGGGAUUCACAUUCGGGUGUCCCUGUAGCAGAUCAGAACUGGCCCUAAAAAAAGCAGAGGAGCUCAGGCUAACUGUUUGGGUGGGUGUUUGUUCUUACGCAGCUCAUCGACCGGGCCACCAGCCCGCCGGACGAUGAAGAUGACAUCAAAGCCAAGCAGAAGUCCUUGGAGGACAGUUGGCAGGAGCUGAGCUUGAUCAAGACAGUGCCCAAAGUGCGGCCGGAAGACCUUGAGGAGCCACUGCUGUCUCCAGUCGUGGGUGGGACCGCGCAAGGUCAGGAGAGACAUGCUACAGGCGGGUUCUGUUUCCUAAGGGCGAACUGUGCUUGUAUGCCCAAUAAUAAUAACAACUUAUUAUUUAUACUCCGCCCAUCUGGCUGGGUUUCCCCAACUGCUCUGGGCGGCUUCCAACAGAAGAUUAAAAAUACAUUAAAACAUCAGUCAUUAAAAACUUCCCUGAACAGGGCAGCCUUCAGAUGUCUUCUAAAAGUCAGAUAGUUGUUUAUUUCCUUGACAUCUGGUGGGAGGGCGUUCCACAGGGCGGGUGCCACUACCGAGAAGGCCCUCUGCCUGGUUCCCUGUAACUUGGCCUCUCACAGUGAGGGAACCGCCAGAAGGCCCUCGGUGCUGGACCUCAGGGUCUGGGCAGAACGAUGGGGGUGGAGACGCUCCUUCAGAUAUACUGGACCAAGGCCGUUUAGGGCUUUAAAGGUCAGCACCAACACUUUGAAUCAUGCUCGGAAACGUACUGGGAGCCAAUGCAGAUCUCUCAGAACUGGUGUUAUGUGGUCCCAGCAGCCACUCCUAGUCACCAGUCUAGCUGCCGCAUUCUGGAUCUCCCGUUUUAUCUUCACAACACCCCUGGAAGGUCGGCUAGGCUGAAAGAGAUAGCAACUGGGUCCUGACACUUCGCCAAGCCUGUGAAGAUUGUGUUCCUGCUAAUAGUUCACUUCAACUUUGAACGGUGUGAUUUACUGCCAGCUCACUCUGUGACGCAAGUCCAGGUGGCAGCGGUCCCUCCUGGAUUCAUCAUUGUCCCUGGAGACACAAGUGAUGUUAGUAACUAGGCCUAGUUUGGUUUCAGCGCCAGCUAUAGCCAUUCCUGGCUAGGGAGAUCCUGGCCACAGUGACCCAUGAGUUGGUGAACCUUCAACCUAGAUUACUGUAAUGGACUCCAUGUUGGUCUCCCCUUGAUGCUGCUCAGGAAGUUACAGCUAGCGCAGAACACAGUGGCUAGACCUCUGCAUGUAGCUGGCUCCUACACCCAUUUUGCACUGGGUGGCGCUGUGGGUUAAACCACAGAGCCUAGGACUUGCCGAUCAGAAGGUUAGCGGUUCGAAUCCCCGCGACGGGGUGAGCUCCUGUUGCUCGGUCCCUGCUCCUGCCAACCUAGCAGUUCGAAAGCACGUCAAAGCACAAGUAGAUAAAUAGGUACCACUCCGGCGGGAAGGCAAACGGCGUUUCCGUGCGCUGCUCUGGUUCUCCAGAAGCGGCUUAGUCAUGCUGGCCACAUGACCCGGAAGCUGUACGCCGGCUCCCUCGGCCGAUAAAGCGAGAUGAGCGCCACAACCCCAGAGUCGGUCACGACUGGACCUAAUGGUCAGGGGUCCCUUUACCUUUACUGAGCCAAAUAUAAGGAAGGUGCUUGCAUUGCGACGCUCUGCCAUAAGCAUCUUGGGACCUCUGCUGCCAGGGAUUUCUGGAGGUCCUCAGGUUGGUGAAGCCUGUCCAAUACUCUUAGCCCAGCCAUCUGAAAUGUUUGUUCUCUCCUCCGUUGCAGACCCCAAAAGCGGUGUCCUGCCCUCCGAGGCCCCGCUGGUGGAACUGAGGGCUCGGCUGUGCCUGACGCUUCAAGAGAAGUUUCUCUCCUACUACAGGGACCAUGUCUCAGUCUCUGAGGAGGAAAAGGCUCUGGGGAAGCAGCUGGCAGGAGACAUCUGCGGAGAGCUACAGAAGUUCCUGAAGAACAAGUACCCAGAGCUGCCCUUUGGACACGCAUUCCUCAGCGGCUACCUUUGCGACGACCUCAUCAGCAGCGACCGCCUUGAGGUGGCCUUCAUGCUUCCGUUGAUGCUGGAACCCAGCCUUUGGCUCCUGAUCCCCGGUGAACAAACGGUUGUGAAUGACCCUUGUUUCGGGAUGGUCAGGCGGACUGGCCUGGAGUAUUUCCCGCGCGGAAGCAGCCCGUGGGACAGGUUUGUGGUGGGUGGGUACCUCUCGUCCAACGCCAUCAACAAGACCCUCCAUAACAUGUUGGUGGCCUCUAUUAAUUGGCCGGUGAUUGGCAGCAGUCUGGAGUGCGUCAUCAGGCCUGUGAUGGAUCCCAAAGAGCUUAAGUUGGAAGUCCAGCACCCCCAGAUCCGCCUGGACAUAAACCUCUGCCCCAUGGUAGAAGUGGGGGAUAAAAUCCUUCUUCCUCCAUCCUUUGUAAUACCGGUGGAGAACCUCUGGCAGCGGAGCUUUUACGCGGCCGAGGUCUCGGCGCUGAAAGACCUUGAUGCCAGAGAUGAUGGCGUCCGGCAGGGUUGCCUCAACAUCUUGAAGGUCGUCUUCGAAAACCAUCCCUUCUGGAGCAAGCUGGGCAGCAGCCACUUGACUCACGCCAUCCUACACCUGAGCGAAACUGAAACCGAUUGGUCAGAGGCAGCGUUAGCAGACAGGUGCCAGCAGGUGCUGGAGGAGCUGGUCCAGUACCUGGAGAUAGGUUCCCUCCCUUGCUUCUUCGACAGCAGGAUAAACCUUCUCGGCCACCUGGCCUCGGAGGAAAUCGAAGAGAUCGGCUACACUUUGUACGAGGCUUUAGCGGAGCCAGAUCUGGCAGCCGGACUCUGCUUAUGAACAGGCGACUCGGUGGCGAAAACUGCACUCGUCUCCUUUGGGGGUCAGAUGGCUUGGGAGCAGCUCUCCCAUCGAUGCAAUUCUUUGCACCCUAAUGGAAUGGAAGUAUUCUCAAAGUAAAAUAGGGCCUGGGUUGAAAAAUGGGAACCUUUCCCUGUGUCCUAGAUAUUUCUGAAAUCUAGGGCCAGUAGUGUUACUUUCCAGUGGUUGCAUCCCAUGGUACUCUGUAGGAUUGCUGAACCAGGGUGGAAGGGGGUCUUUGCCUCCUCCUAGCUGGUUUAUCCAUCCCUACGUAAUUGGAGCAUUGUGAAACGGACCUAUAGGGGCCCAGUAUCCAACAGCACCCCAAAUGUGAGGCUCCAUUAUAUGUAAUUUGUAUCUAUUGGGACAAGUCUGCUUUAUUGCACUAUGUGGAAGUCCUAGAAGAUAUGUCUGGGGUGGGUGGAGAUUUCAUUAGGCUGUUGCUGAAUCAGUGAGGAUCUCACCUUUGGUGCUAAAGCAGCUGCUUUUCCCCAUCACCACGCAGGUAGCAGAAGGUCCCCACCUGUGAUUUCCAGGCCUUUGAGUGCCUAGAAUGAGCACCCCAAGGAAUUGAAUCUCACUAUCUGCAAAUGGUUGUGGCUAUGUUCUUUGUGGCACAGUGUGACUCAAUCACUGUUGUUUUCACUCUUUAUUUUUAAAUAGCAGGUGGCAAAAAAUAAAGUGAUCCCCCCCCCAGUGGCCUUUCCUGCUCAGAGCACAUCCCCAGACUGAAAUGGUGGGGCUCCCUUCUCUACCUCAUGGGGCGCAAAACUACACAACUUUGUCCCCCACCCCCACCUGUUAGAUAUACUUGACGCCAGCGCUAGAAAUUUAAUCAAGUGCCAAAGGAAGGUUGGGGUGUGGAGAGAGGUCUCUAAAUCUUGGGUAUUCUUAAACUCUCUACUUGGGUAAACUGGAAGGUGCAAUCCUCUCAGCCCUAACUGUUCAUUUAUUGAGGUCUGGAUUCCCAUUGUAACUCCAGCUUGAAGUGUUCCUGCUGAGGCUAACCUGUAUCCAAAUCAAGAGUUUGCAAUUUGUAGGUGUGUAACUCUGUAUGCCUUGCUUAGUUCUGCAUUUGCUGAAACGUAGAGAGGUCCUUGCUGCUGAGAGACACAACUAUAGUCAUGGGUUUGGACAUGGCACAAGGUUUAGUGAGCCCCUCAAGGAUUUGUGUCUGUUCCCUGAGCAUAAACCAUAAACCAUCAUAGUCUGCAGUAUUUUUUUUAAGGAGUGUGUACAUUCCCUGUAGAAUCCAAAAGGGAAAGGUACCUACCAACCGUAUUGGCUGUAACUGGGAGUACCAACAGCUCAUAUCUUUCUCUCAAGGCUUGACUUUUCAGGAUUGUGUUUUUCUAGAGAUCCUUGCCUAUACUCUGACGUAUAGAAAACCACAAUUAAGUCUUGCAAAAAGCCAUAUACAGAAGAGUGCUAUUCCUUUCCCCCUCUGCUCCUACUCUUAACUGGAACUCAUGAUCCUAUGCAGUGGAUUUGCACAGAAAAUAACUGAAGCUGGGGCAGAGAAGCUGUGGUCCUGGAGAAUUUGUUGGGAUUCUAACUCCCACUGUCCCUGACUAUGGGCUAUGCUUGCUGGGGCUCAUGACAGUUGGAAUUCAACAUCAGUCGGAAGGGCAAAGGUUCCCUUGUUCCAGGUCUGAAUGUACAGAGUGAUUCUUCACAAGCAGAAGUUGCCCUGCUCUUCCCUUACAAUUUUCCUGUGAUUUAAAUUUUUAUGUGAAGCUCCAGCCUUUCUGGCUAGAAGGAACAACCGCAACUAACUUAAGGAAACUUUGCUGCUAAAAUGUGUUUAUAUAGUGGCAAUAUUAAUCGGAAAUGUGCAAGGGCUUGAGCUGAUGUCACAAAUGAAAUAAAGAAUGAAUGAUUAUGGGCAAAAAUUGCUGUAUAGUGAGCUUUUUGUGAGUGAAACACAGCUUAAAUUCAUCCCUGGAACUUGCAAAGGAGGCUGAGAAUAGGAAUUUAUUGCUGAAAUCUUGCUGAUCUGAUCAUAAGACAUGAAUUGCUUUUAUAGUAAGGCGCCUGCAAAAUUUGAAUAUGGAAAAGUGAAUGCUGUUUUUUUAGCAAUGUGUGAGAAACAUUUUCCCAUAUGCUCUAGGUAAAAAUAAAGGCAAAGGCUAUAUGC